GACAUGGUUACUCAUUAUUGAACAGAAACUGAUUCUGAUUCUAUUGAGGGUGCCACCUUGUCACAACUCUUGUCCUUUCCAUAAUCAGGGUUAUUAUUGCCACUGUUUUCUGCAAGGUAAACGGAAUUAAUAUGGGAAGUUUGACGGAUAUUUGCUCCUCCCUCUCACUCCCCUCUCUUUGUAAUCUUUCACUUCGCCCUCUCCCUCCCUCACCCUAGAUUCUCCCAUUCCCUGAUAUAACACCAGCCCUUUUUCUCUCUGUCUCAGAGCUUCGUGAGGUGGAACUUUUCAAACUUCGGGGCUCUUCAGUCGUGCGAGUGGUGACCUUGGUGUCAGCACAUCGGCUCCCCGCACAGACCCUAGUCGGCUCAGGAGUCGGGAGUAGACCCUGCUAGCGCUGCUCAUAUUCCUAGAAGCUCAAGACCUCUUUGAUCUGACAGCACAGUUUGGAGAUGGACCGGGCAUCGUGGCGCUGACCGAACCCCACUCUGUUUAAGCCGAACCAUGCUGCCUCAGCGGCUCCUCUGCUUGCUGCUGUGGAGUAACAUCGAUGCAGCUCCGCUCCGCCCGCAUGGUUCUCGUCCCGGUCUUCUUAACGAAACUACCACUCCCGAGAGGAAUUCGCUGAGCAGGUCGUGGCCCCCCCAAAUAGCCAGCCGGGUAGCCUUGUUUUCCCUUCUGGGCCCGGAACCAGCCAAGCUACAGGGAGCGCUGCGCCAACGCUCUGUGCGUAAAAGUUCUGCAAUAAAUGGACAUUUACAGGAGAGCUUGCAAAAAACGCGAUGUACUGUGGAUGAAGGGCUAAAAAAAAACGGGCAAGGGCUUAAAUGCGGAAUAGGAACCGAUGAGAAGGAUGCGAGGUCCAAUCAGAACCGGAGGAGGCGAAGCGAGCAGCUGUUGGAGGCACCGGUCGCUUUGGCGCAGGAGCGGGACCCCCCUUUCCCAUCGAAAUUCAACAGCAGCAACUAUGAGGAGGAGCAUUACUCCCUGCCAGACACUCCUGAGACCACGGCAUUUGGACCAGGGAACCCGCGGACCAGACGCAAGCAGAUGAAGAACCCAUUUUAUCCCCUCACUGCCGCGUCGUACGGAGCCUGGGCGCUGCUGGUGCUGGCCGUCGUCAUCUUCAGCGUAGGGAUCAUCGGGAACGUGGCGCUCAUGUGUAUUGUGUGUCACAACUACUACAUGAGGAGCAUCUCUAAUUCCCUGCUGGCAAACCUUGCACUCUGGGACUUCAUCGCUGUCUUCUUCUGCCUGCCGCUCGUGGUUUUCCAUGAGCUCACCAAGCACUGGCUGCUGGGAGAGUUCUCCUGCAGGAUCGUCCCCUACCUGGAGGUGGCGUCUCUCGGGGUCACCACCUUUACACUUUGCGCUCUGUGCAUUGACCGUUUUCGUGUAGCCACUAAUGUGAUGAUGUACUAUGAGAUGAUUGAGAACUGGGCAUCCACCAUGGCUAAGCUGGCAGUGAUUUGGGUUGGAGCGUUGCUGCUGGCUUUACCUGAGCUACUCAUCCGACAGUUGGUGACAGAGGACAGUGACGCCGCCGAUGUGAUGCCCUGUGACCGUUGUGCGGUUCAGAUCUCCACUGAGCUCCCAGACAUGCUGUACGUCCUGGGGCUGACGUAUGACAGUGCACGCCUCUGGUGGUACUUUGGCUGCUACUUCUGUCUGCCAACAUUGUUUACCAUCUGCAGCUCACUGGUCACUGCCAGAAAGAUCCGUCAUGCUGAGCGAGCUUGUGUACGAGGGAGCAAGAAGCAAAUCCAGCUGGAGAGCCAGAUGAACUGUGCUGUGGUGGCCUUGGCUAUCCUUUAUGGCUUUUGCGUCAUCCCUGAGAACAUCUGCAACAUCAUCAUAAUGUACAUGGCGACUGGCAUUCCCAGGGAGACCCUGGACAUCCUGCAUCUGGUCAGUCAGCUGCUGCUGUUCUGCAAGUCUGCAGGGACUCCUGUGCUGCUGUUCUGUCUGUGUCAACCAUUCACCAGAGCCUUUCUGGACUGCUGCUGCUGCUGCUGCAAGGAGUGCAGCAGGCCCCAUAACAGAGAAGUUGAAAAUGAAUGUUCCACAGCUGAGCUGGAGCUCUCACCAUUUAGCACUAUCCACCAGAGCCCUCCACCUCUACAGCUUACGCUGCGGUGGGGACACACUGCUGAGAUCAGCGCUGACUGCAUGACUAAAUGGCUCCAAGCUGUUUCAUUCUGAGAUCCCAAAUGUUCAACUUGAUGCCAGCUGACAGACUCAUAACAAAAAUAUCUGUCCAUCCGGUGUCCAUCUGAUAUCAAUGGGUGAAUGAAAUAACCAGAAACCUUUUUUUUAAUAGUAGAAGGUUUCUGAUAGCCCACCUGCAGCCUGUUUUGAUCUCUUUGGAGAGAAAAUAUGAAAGUUUGUUUAUGUCAAAUCAAACUUUUUUGAGCUUUACAUCAUGUUAUAAUGGUUUUUCCUUAUCAAAAACACACCCGGAAUGUUGCUUUGAUUCUUUCAUGUCUCUUUGAGUAAUCCUUUAAUAUCCAUGGCAACCACCUUUGAGAUAUAUCUCCUUCCUGAAGCUGCAGUUUCCAGCUGAGAUUUCCCCUCAUUUUCUUAAAAGAAUGGAGUCGGUAUGAGUUAAUUUAGUAUUUUUACAGCUUUUGCUUGUAUUCAUUAUCACAUUUCACCAGUCGUAACCUCUAUAUUUAUCAAGGCACAAAAAGACUCAGGAUGGCUGUGAAUAAAAGUGUACAAAGCAUAAUAGCUGUUUGAUGUUAUGAAUAAGCAUUUGAAUGAUGUACUUCCAUUUUACUUUUAUAUUGAAAUGUUGGAAGUCAUUUCAAACUUUAGUUUGGAUAUGAGUAGUACUUCUUUUUCAUCAGUAUUUUAGAAAGGAAGAAAGAAAUAAACAGGAACACCACUAAAAGAAAAAAAUAUUGCUUUUUCUGUUUUU